AAUGCUGAGUUAACGUUUGACCAGGCUGGAUGGGGCAGUAGUGAUCACACUACAGUCGAAGGAGUGAAACAGGAACUCUUAAGUAAGAGUCUCAUCCCUGAAGCUCAUCAUGGCACAUCCCACAAUGCACCUGCUGCUGCUCAGCCUCCUCAUCGCCACCGCUGCUGGGAAAGGCCUGGAGAAGGGACCACUAGAGAACAAGGUUCUAGACGUACCAGAGGGGACACCUGUACCCUACGCCCUCUACCAGUUCCAAGCGUCCCACGUCGAGGUUGAUGGGUUCAGAUUGACAGGAGAGACUGAAGGAAAGAUCAGCAUCUCAGAGGACGGCUGGAUCUACCUGGAACAGACCCUGGACUGGGCCCACACACAGACACAUACUCUGGAGCUGGAGGCCUUAGUGGGUUCAGAACCAGUAGAAGGUCCAGUCAUCAUCACCAUCAACGUGUUGGAUGUCAACAACCACGCCCCGUCCUUCAACCAGACUGACUACAUCGGCAUCGUCAAGGAACGUACCCCCGCAGGUGUUCCAUUUGCGCGUGUGUUUGCUACUGACCUGGACGACCCAGAGUCUCCCAACGCCCAUCUGAGUUACACCUUGGUCUCCCAGAUCCCCAACAGAGACAACACCCUGUUCUUCGAGAUCAACAGCAACACAGGAGAGAUUUCUACUACUGCCGAGGGAGAGCGUCUGCUGAAGGCCAGGGAAAGUGUUAUUCAUUCCAGAGGAGGGGACUUCAGUGAUUCUCUGAAGAAGAGGUUUGAUGACUACUGCACCCCCACAGGGGACAUCCCUUAUGAACUCAACCCCUUCUACAGCUGUGUGCAGAGAGCAGAGUCUCGGAGGCUGAACCCUCUGGAAGACCCAGACUUCACUCUGAUUGUUCGUGUGGAGGACAUGGGCGGGGAGUCGGUGAACGCUCUCAACGGUAACGCGAGGGUUAAAAUUGUCGUGCAGGAGAACCUGUGGGUUAAUCCUGGACCGAUCAACCUCAGAGAACAGUUGAAAGGGAUAUACCCCAUGCCCAUCGGCAAGGUCCAGUCUAAUGAUCCCAGUGCCUUCUACAGGCUGGUACAGAAAGAACGGGAGCUGACGUUCCCCUUCAAUGUCACGGAGGAAGGAGACAUUCUGCUGACUGAGGAGCUGGACAGAGAGGACAAGGCCAUGUACAUCCUGGUGGUGUUUGCUGAGGAUAGCUAUGGUAACCAGGUAGACCCUCCCCUGGAAGUGCAGGUGGUGGUGGACGAUGUGAAUGAUAACGCUCCAAUCUGUGAGGAGGAACUCAGUGUGUUUGAAGUGCAGGAGAACGAACCCACAGGCAGCCCAGUCGGACAUCUGAUGGUGCAUGAUGCUGAUGAUGACAACACACCCAACGCACUGCUCUCCUAUUCGUUGGUGACGCAAACCCCUUCCUCCGUCUUUACCAUUGAUGGCAUCAGCGGCCGCAUCCAGGCCAAGCAGAUGCUCCAACGCAGAGAUGCAACAGAGUACCACCUCACUGUCAGAGUAAACGACCCAGGUUUCAGCACAGAAUGUAAGGUCCUCAUCAAGGUUAUCGACAUCAACAAUGAGCUGCCCAUCUUCCAGAUGAAUGACUAUGGUAGUCACAACCUGUCUGAAGACACAGCUCUUGGCCACACCCUCCUGACAGUGAAAGCCACAGACGCUGACGACCCUGGAACAGGAAGCUCCCGCAUCGAGUUCCACAUAACCGCUGGCAACGAAGAUGGAGUUUUCGCCAUGGAGACAGACGACAAUGGGGAGGGCAGGCUUGUUGUUGCUAAGCCUCUGAACUAUGAGACUGCUUCCUCCUAUAAGCUACAGAUUGAUGCUCGUAACCCAGAGCCGCUGGUGAGCGGUCUCGAGUACGGCGCUGAGUCGUCCGCCGUGGUCUCGGUGGCGAUCAGUGACGUUGAUGAGGCUCCAGUGUUUGACAUGGACAUUCUGGAUGUCACGGUGCCAGAGGACACCAAGGAGGGAGCUACGCUGCUCAAAAUAGACGCCAAGGACCCAGAGGGAAAAGAGAUACUGUUCAAGAUGGAGGGAGACACUAAGGGUUGGUUGGAGAUUGAUCCUGCUACUGGAGAGAUAAAGAUAAAGAAUAAAGCUGUGUUGGACAGAGAGACGGUGGAGGCCUUCCACUUUACUGUUGUCGCCUUCGAGAAAGCCAAUCCAGAGCUGUCCACAGAGCGCGAGGUGUCUGUGAGGCUGCUGGAUGUGAAUGACAAUGUCCCCAAGCUGACAGAGAACCAGGCCUUCAUCUGUGUGAAGAAGCCCCAGCCUAUAGUCCUGACGGCCCUGGACGCGGACGCAGACCCCUUCGGAGCACCUUUCACAUUCAGCCUGGUCCAGGGAAAGAAGUCCCCCAACUGGGACCUAAGCGCUGUGGACGGUACGUCUGCUAAACUGACCCUGAAGAAAUCUCCCAGCGAGGACAAAACCUUCCUAAUCCCUAUCAACAUCAAAGACAACGCUGGCAUGGGCAUCACACAGAAGUUUGAGGUGCGAGUGUGUAACUGCACAGAGUUGGGAUACUGUUUCACCGAGCCGGGCGUUCAUGCAGGGGUGUUAGGAAUGCCCACCACCAUCGGAAUCCUGGCUGGAACUGUCGGAUUCAUCGCCCUGGUCCUGAUCAUCGCUUUCCAUCGGAUAAAGAAGGACAACCAGAUGAAAGCCUUGCUGGGAGAAACGGACGCCAUUCUCUAGAAACAUAUGAGAUAGCAUGUGUUUGUUUAAUUGUUAUAUUUCUGAAGAACAGAUCUACUUUGAUUGGUUGUAUGCAUGUUAUAAAUACUACCUGGUUUCAUCAUAAUCAUGCGCUCAUGCAGCUCAAUAACUUAUUUCCCUUGUCAGUGAAUUUUGUCUGUAUUUAGAAUUUAGACUGUCCAUCCUCAGCUAGUGUGUAUGACUGGCUGUGCACUGUGUGAUGGUUCAAACACCCCAUUUCAAGCUGCAUGCUGUAAUUGUGUAGACUUUAGAGAGACUUUAGUUCACCGUUUGGCUCUGACUGUUGUUUGUGGUUGAUACUGUCUUUAUACUGAUACUCCAUGAUGUUUUUUGAUGAGGCCUGAUAUUAGUGAAGAUGCUAGCUAGCCGAGGGUUAAAUUAGGACGGUUCCACCACUUUAGAAUGGGAGAAAGACUGCCUACAAUAAAGAGUAGAAAUGACCAUGGAAAAACAACCGAUGUUGGAGACAGUUCCAACACCUAAACAUCCCUCAGUUUAACCCUUAGUGUUAACUGUUUGACAAGUCCAGUGUAAAUGAGUGCCUGGUAAAUGUCUGAGUGUGUACCAAGGUUAUUAUAGUUUUGUGAUUUUCUAUUCAAUUUUAUUUCUAUUAGUUUUUCAAUUAAAAAAAUUAAUUCAGUUUAGUUUCCAUUCGGUUUUAGACUUGAUUUUCUAGUUUUUAUUCUGUUUCAGUACGAUAAAAAACAUAUUUUGUUUUUAUAUUAUUCAGUUGUAGUUUCAGUUUCAGUUGUAGUUUCGGUUUCAGUUGUAGUUUCAGUUUCAGUUGUAUUUUUGUGUGUGAAGGGACAGAAAGUAGCCUCAAGUGUCCUUAAGCUAGGGGCCAUGUAUGUGUUGUAGGACUAUAGCAGGGUACUCCAGUACUAUUUGAGAUGGUCCGCUCACACACAUUUCCUAGGUGGCAAAAGUCCUGAUGGAUAUUUUCAUUUAUCGGCGUAGUAACAAACCCCCACAUCACAAUCUAUUCCACACCAAACUGUUCAAACCGAUCACACCCUUCUUGUUGGUAGAGAGAAUAAUUUGUCAUUUUAAAGCUCAUUGUCGGCUAUUCUACAUAUAUCCACGUCUUAUACGUGUUCACAUGAUACCGGGAGUCGAAUCCUCAGCGAAUUACAAAAAUAAAACAAUAGCUAUC